CUUUUCAUUUUCACUUUCUCAUUCUACCUCUUCAUUUUCUUCUCCUCCCCCUUCUUCUUCUUCUCUCCUUCAAAUUAUUAUUCUUCCUCAUCUCAGUUUUUUGUCAGUUAACCUUAUUAAAACCAAACAUUCUUCAUUUUUAUUCAUCUCAUCUUCAUCAUCAUCACACCUUCUCCAUUCUCAAUGGCCUCCUCUUUCUUCUCCGACCUCCUUAAUUCCCCAACCAACAAAGACACCCUAAGAGACACCGAAAGACAUCAUCAUCAUCAUCGUCAUAACAAUGUUUUGUUGGAUCAAACCGAUUCAGAUUUACCCAAAUUCAAGUCCACACCUCCUCCAUCACUUCCUCUCUCUCCUACACCUCUCUUCUCUCCUUCUUACUUUUCCAUCCCUCAUGGCUUCUCCCUUUCCGAGCUUCUUGACUCUCCGGUUCUUCUCAACUCUUCUCAUAUUUUACCAUCUCCAACAACUGGAUCAUUUGCUAAUAAUCAAAGCUUAAAUUGGAAGAAUAAUUAUGGCGAAAAGCAGCAAAAUUUCAAGUCAGAAGAUGAAACCUUGUCAAGUUUCUCCUUCCAAGCUCAACCUAUGCUUCAAACUUCAACAACAAACACAGCUCAAAACGGAUGGAGUUUUCAAGAAACAACAAAACAAGAUGGAUUAGUAUCUUCUGGAAUGGAUAUGAGUAUGGUGAAAACAGAAAACUCUUCAUCAAUUCAUAGUUUCACACAAGAGAAUAAUUCUGUUAGUGGACAAAAUAAUCACAAAAGAGAUUAUAGCAAUUAUCAAACUCAGCCACAGCAACAAGUUCAGACACUUAGUAGAAGAUCAGAUGAUGGAUACAAUUGGAGAAAGUAUGGACAAAAACAAGUGAAAGGAAGUGAGAAUCCAAGAAGUUACUAUAAAUGCACAUACCCAAAUUGUCCAACAAAGAAAAAAGUUGAAAGAGCUUUAGAUGGACAAAUUACUGAAAUUGUUUAUAAAGGUAAUCAUAAUCAUCCUAAGCCUGUGGCUAACAAGAGGAACAUGAAUUCAAUGUCUUCCUCUUCGUCGUCACUUGCGAAUCCACCUUCAAGUCAAUUUGGAAAUGAUAUGCAAAUGGUAUUGGUUGCCACGCCGGAGAAUUCUUCGGUAUCGGUCGGAGAUGAUGAUUUUGAGCAGAGUUCUCAUAAAUCGGGUGGAGAUCAUGAGUAUUGUGACGAUGAUCAACCCCAUACUAAAAAAUGGAGAAUUGAAGGUGAAAAUGAAGGAAUAUCAUCAGGAAUUGGAAAUGGAACAGUGAGACAACCUAGAGUUGUGGUUCAGACAACAAGUGACAUUGAUAUUCUAAUUGAUGGGUACAGAUGGAGAAAAUAUGGACAAAAAGUAGUAAAGGGAAACCCAAAUCCAAGGAGUUACUACAAGUGCACAAACCCUGGAUGUCAAGUAAGAAAACAUGUGGAAAGAGCUUCACAAGACCUAAGAUCAGUGAUAACAACCUAUGAAGGAAAACACAACCAUGACGUUCCUGCACCACGUGGAAGUGGAAACCACUCUAUCAACAAACCAAUACCUAAUAUACCAACUAUGAGCAACACCAUAGGUGUUAACAAUGGAUUCUUCAACCAUGAGAUGUUGCAGAAUAAUGGAUUUCCAAUGGAUUCUUAUGUGAAUAUGAAUCAGCAACGUGUGGAUAAUGUUGUUAGAGGUAGAGCCAAGGAGGAGCCUGUAGUAGAAGAUGACUCGUUUUUUGACUCUUUGCUAUCUUGAAAGGAAUAUUCCUUUUUUUGCAUUGUUUUGGAGGGCUGGUUAAUUAGGAUUCUAUAGAUAAAUAUACUUAUGACUGAUAAAAUUGAGUUCAUUCCAUUUAUUAUAUUUAUAAUUUUUGUAUAUUUUCACACCUAUAGGAUUGGUGAUAUAUUGUAUAUUUAACUAUUGAUGUAAAUUAUGAGAAUUUUUUA